CAGCAACAGAAAAUUGAAUUCAUUGCAAGAUAUACAUAUUAGAAUGGAAUAGUGGAACCAAAAAUGGAGCCUUUCAUCUCACCCACGACUACUCUGCUUCUUCUCAGCACCUAAACCCAAGCCCUAACUUUUUUCUUUUACUCUGAUGGCUUCCUUCUCUCUCAGGCCUUUUCCUGCCUCUCUCGCCUCUGAUUUUACCGACGUUGGUUUAACUACCGGGAGAUUUUCAACCAAUUUUGGGCAUUCGGGGUUUCGCAAAUCAGCAUCACUAAAGAGAAAUCAGGUGUUGCGUUGGGAAAAUUUCGAAUUGAAUUGUUCGAUUGAUAGAGAGAUGGAUUUGAGCACUUCAGCUUUGAUCGAUGGUGUUUCAGACUCUUUAAAUGCAGAUAUUGAGCUGAAAGAGCCGAGCAUAUCAACUUUGCUGAUGAAUUUUGGGGACAUGCUUGAUCCUUAUGAAGCAAUCAGUACUCCACUGUACCAAACAGCUACUUUCAAGCAGCCUUCAGCAACAGAAAAUGGUCCUUAUGAUUAUACUCGAAGUGGAAAUCCUACACGAGAUGUUCUUGAAAGCCUUUUGGCCAAGCUGGAUAAAGCAGAUCGUGCUUUUUGCUUCACUAGUGGAAUGGCUGCUCUGUCUGCUGUAGCCCAUCUUGUUGGGACUAGUGAAGAGAUUGUUGCUGGAGAUGACAUUUAUGGUGGUUCUGAUAGGUUGCUGUCAAAAGUAAUUCCAAAGACAGGGGUCGUGGUGAAACGAGUUGAUACAACUAGUUUAGAUGAAAUAGCAUAUGCAAUUGGUCCCUGGACAAAGCUUGUCUGGUUGGAGAGUCCCACAAAUCCUCGACAAAUGGUUUCUAAUAUUCGUGAAAUAGUUAAAAUGGCUCAUCCUCAUGAUGCUCUUGUCUUGGUGGAUAACAGUAUAAUGUCUCCUGUAGUGUCACAACCUCUAGAACUAGGAGCUGACAUUGUUAUGCACUCAGCUACCAAGUUCAUUACUGGGCACAGUGAUGUGAUGGCAGGUGUACUGGCUGUAAGAAGUGAAAGAUUAGCAAAAGAGCUGUACUUUCUACAAAAUGUAGAAGGGUCUGGGUUGGCUCCAUUUGAUUGUUGGCUCUGCUUACGAGGAAUUAAGACAAUGGCUUUACGAAUUGAGAAGCAGCAGUGUGGGUGCUGGAAAACGAAUUUUGGGAAUAGAUUUCUGGUUUAUGGUGGAGCUGGAAAUGAAUAUAGGACAGUUGAUAUAGAAGGUUUUGUUGACUCAUAUUUUGCAGGCUGUCUAGAAAUUAGAAAAUCACUUACAGGUUAUGUUUUUGCAAUUUUCGGUACAUCUGUUAGCUGGAAAGCCAGUUUACAAAAGAUGGUUGCUUUAUCUACUACAGAAGCUGAACAUAUAGCUUUAACAGAAGUUGUCAAGGAAGCUAUAUGGCUGGAAGGCCUUGCUCGAGAAUUGAAGAUACAAGACAAAGUUAUCACCGUUCACUAUGAUAAACAAAGUGCCAUUCACUUGUCAAAAAAUCAAGUGUAUUAUGAAAGGACAAAGCAUGUGGACAUCAAACUGCAUUUUGUUAGAUAA